UUGCCGAACUCUGACUAGAGGGACUAUACUCCAACUCAGCUCAAUAUUUGUGGAUUUCUUUUUGUAUGCGAAUGGAUAUUAUUCAAGACGAUAAACAAGAUUGAUAUAUGAAACAGUUUAGCCAGGUGUACAUACAAUCUUAUGCAUACAUACGCAUUAUUGUAGAGGCCAGAGUUAUCAGCAGAGUAUCUGAGACAAAUAAAGAUGUGUUCUGUGGAUCUGCACUAGUCUGUCUCUGAUUGCUAUUCGGACUUGAUCGUAAUUAAAUCAUCAGCAAUCCGGAUUCAAUUCUCCAGCCAUGCCGCGCCUACCGUACACAUACAGAGGAUACGUGGUACCGGUAUUGACACCAAUUACUGAUGACAGUGCGCGUACUUUGAAUACUGAUGUCAUUCCGACGUACGCACAGUAUCUUGCUGAUAAUGGUGUCAAAGGUGUACUAGUAAAUGGAACAAGUGGCGAGGGUCCAUCUUUGUCCAUUGCUGAAAGAAAAACCAUUACUGAGGCCUGGGCCACCGCAGUAAAAUCUACUAAACAACACUUGAUGAUUCAAGUGGGCGGUGCUCCAUUACCGCAUGUCCUUGAACUGGCAAGACACGCUGAAAGUAUCGGAGUGGAUUCUCUUCUUUGCUUACCUGAACUUUACUUCAGACCCGCUAAUUCUGAACAAUUAGUAGAAUACCUAACUUUAGUAGGGGCGGCAGCGCCUAAGACGCCCUUGCUGUACUAUCAUUUUCCAAUGUAUACCAAUGUAAACAUUCAUAUGGGACAAUUCCUGGAAUCGCUUGGAGAUAAAAUUCCAUCAUUUGUUGGUAUUAAAUUUACCAGCACAAAUCUUGAGGAAGGAACUCAAGCUGUUCAUGCUGAUAAUAAUAAAUAUGUGAUUUUCCUCGGUAGUGAUCAGAUAUUUGCCGGCGCGUUAGCUUUAGGAAUCGAUUCUGCCAUUCCUACAAGUGUUAAUAUGUUUCCACGACUUGCAAUGGAACUUUUGGAUGCUGGACUUGAGGGCGACAUUAUGAAGGCCAGAGAGAAGCAGCAACAGCUUUCAAAGGCCAUUCAAGUUAUAGCGAUCGACGGUACUUGGGUAGAGACCAUGAAAGCCGCCAUGAAACUUUUGACUCCAAUCGAUGUGGGACCACCUCGUCCACCUCUUAGACCUCUUCCUGCGAAAAGUGUUGCUGCUAUGAAGAAAGGUCUUAAAAAUUUGGGUUACAAUGUCUAACUUCGUUAUUCUAUAACUUUUAUAACUUUCGUAUUUCUAGACGAAAGAUUUGUACGCAAAUUCUUAUGUAAAAAUAUAAGUUACAAUUAAAAAUUGAGUAUAUAUUAUUUUCAUCAUGAGAUAUUGAAAAUUGAACGUGGAGACAUACUAUGUACUGAAAUAGAAAAUUAUAUAUAUCUUC